AUGAAGACAACAUCGGGUGUAGUGAGAGGUCGGACACUACAUGUGCUCAACAAAACUGUUAACCAGUAUUUGAAUAUACCAUACGCUGAGCCCCCGAUCGGAAACCUACGGUUCGCACCGCCUGUGCCUCUCAAACAACCUUUAAAUUAUGUUAUCAAUGAUACAAAACGUGGUAAGGCUUGCGUACAAGUGGGGGGAAAUAUAGCCGUAAGUGAAGACUGUUUGGUAUUAAACAUAUGGACACCAAAUGCGAGAAAUAAUAACACAAACAAAUCACACCUCAAACCCGUUAUGUUUUGGAUAUAUGGCGGAGCUCUCGUAUUUGGGUCAAUAAAUACGUAUAAUGGUAGUUUUUUGGCCGCACACGAUGUGGUUUUUGUUGCCGCUAAUUAUAGAUUAGGACAGUUGGGCUUUCUAUACGGGGAUCGGGAGGACGCGCCCGGAAAUGUAGGCUUUUAUGACCAGUUAUUGGCUCUCAAAUGGGUUAGAGAAAAUAUCCAUUUGUUUGGCGGAGAUAGGAAUCAGAUCACCAUUUUUGGUGAGAGCGCCGGGAGUUGGUCGGUGUCCGCACACAUACUCUCCCCUCUAUCCAAAGGCCUAUUCAAGAGGGCUAUUAUGCAGAGCGGUUGGUCGGUGUCCGCACACAUACUCUCCCCGCUAUCCAAAGGCCUAUUCAAGAGGGCUAUUAUGCAAAGCGGGUCUGUUUUUUUGGGAAAAUUGAUGGAAACGAUCACUAAAUCUGAAGCACUAGUUAUGGCCAAAAAUACGGCCAAACAAUUGAAUUGUAGUGAAUGUAAGGAUUGGUUGCAAUGCCUGAGAGGUGUGGACGCCAUAGAGUUUCUCAAAAUUCAACCCGAAUUUAUGCUUCCAGUGAUUGAUAAAAGUUUUGCACUAAUUUCCGCUCAAAAAGCAUUUCAAAGCAAACAAUUUUAUUCAGACAUAGAUUUAAUGGUUGGUGUGACCAGAGAUGAGGGCUCAUUAUUAACCGAGUGGUUUAUGGGACACAUCCAUAACAUAACAGUCGAUAGAUUUAAACAAUGUGUCAACAAAUCUGAAACACUCGGCGUUCGCGGUAUAGACGUCGACAAAGUGACCGACUUUUACCUCAAAGGUGUCAACACUACCGACGAAACAGCACUUCAGUGGGCUUUCUAUCGCUAUGCGGGAGAUGUGCUCAUGAAUUGUCCGACAUAUCUAUUCGGCCAACAAUUUGCCCGAAAUGUUGCCCAAAAUGAUGGAAAUGUAUAUUUCUAUGAAUUUACUUAUGCCAAUUCAGAUAUGUCCCAGGUCAUUGGUUGUGAUCAGGAAACUAUGGGUAUUUGUCACGCCAUUGAUAUCUUCUACGUCUUCGGUAUACCAUAUCUAAUGCCCGCCUUUUUUACGGCCGAAGACUUUGUGUUCAGCCUUUCAUAUUAUGAUUGCGUUCUCUCUAAGCAAACCGGACAACAAUUGGCCAAAUUCAAUUGA